AUGUCCCCAGCUCGUAUCGGUAUUGUUGGUGGUGGGCCAGGAGGUCUCGCAACAGCCAUGAUUCUCUCAGCCAAAGGCUUCCAAGUAACACUCUUUGAGAAAUCUCCAAUAGUAGGAGGAAGAACCAGCUCUUUACAAGUGGGUCAUUCAAAAUUCGACUUGGGCCCAACGUUUCUGAUGAUGAAAUUCGUACUCGAUAAGGUUUUUCAAGAUUCAGGAAAGAACUCUUCCAAUUAUAUGAAAUUUCAACGAUUAGAUCCCAUGUAUCGUCUGCAAUUUAAUAAGGACAAGUAUAUGGAUUGUUAUGACUUUUCUCAACGGGACAAAAUGAUACAAGAAUUGAGGAGAGUCGUUCCCGAAGAUGUUUCAGGUUAUGAACGAUGGUCGGAGUGGGAAUCAAAACGAUAUGAACAUUUAAUUCCACUCCUUCAAAAAUCCUAUUCCUCUCAUAGUGAUAUAGUGAGCAUGCAUUCAGUUAAGGCUCUACCUUAUAUGCAGUUCCCAAAAUCAUUGCAUGAAAUGUUAGGAGAUUUUUACAAAAAUCCAUUGAGCAAAUUGUCGUUUAGUUUUCAAUCCAAGUAUUUGGGUAUGAGUCCGUUCACUUGUCCAGCGUAUUAUGGAAUUAUUGCUUUUGUAGAGCAUGCUUUUGGUGUUUAUCAUGUCGAAGGUGGACUUUCGGAAAUUCCUCGAACGAUGGCCAUGGCUGCUUCUGAAAAUGGAACCACUUUGAAAUUGAAUACGCCUGUGACAGAAUUAUUGAUCGAUCAGCGCUCUAGAACAGUGAAAGGGGUCAAGGUUAAGGAAAAUGGACAGGAAGAAAAUGAAUACUAUUUUGACGAGGUAGUUCUUAAUGCAGAUUUUCCGUACGCAGUUCAUCAAUUAAUUCCAAACGCAGAAAACCUAUUGAGACAAUGGAAACCAAGCAAAAUUGCAAAGAAGAAAUUCUCAUGUUCCACAUUUAUGAUGUAUCUUGCCCUUGACAAGGAAUAUCCAGAAAUUCAACAUCAUACCAUUUCAUUUGCAGAUGAUUAUUCAGCGAACUUGAAAGCCAUUUCAGAGGGUUACAUGACCGACGACUUAUCCAUUUAUGUGAGAAAUUCAUGCGUGAAUGACAAGACAGUAUCACCAAAAGGCAAAUCAGGUUUAUAUGUUCUUGUUCCAAUUCCAAAUCUCAUGGACAGUCAAGGAAAGAUAGAUUGGACCAAUCACAACACAAUGUGUUUAAUGGGUCUGUUUUUUCACUCUCACAUAACCUGCUACAAAUGUUAA